CACUCGCACCAGCUGCCCCCGAGGCCCUCCCGCACUCCCUCCGGCGCUGCUCUCCGGCCCUCGCCCAGCCCGCCGCCGCCGGAGCCACCAUGCAGUCCCCGCGCGCCGCGCUCCUCCCGCUGCUGCUGCUGCUGCUGGCGGCGCCCGCCUCGGCGCAGCUGUCCCGGGCCGGCCGCUCGGCGCCCUCCGCCACCGGAUCGGCCGCCGGCUGCCCCGAGCGCUGCGACCCGACGCGCUGCGCCCCGCCGCCGACACACUGCGAGGGCGGCCGGGUCCGCGACGCGUGCGGCUGCUGCGAGGUGUGCGGCGCUCCCGAGGGCGCCGCGUGCGGCCUGCAGGAGGGCCCGUGCGGCGAGGGGCUGCAGUGCGUGGUACCCUUCGGGGUCCCCGCCUCGGCCACGGUGCGGCGACGCUCGCAGGCCGGCAUCUGCGUGUGCGCCAGCAGUGAGCCGGUGUGCGGCAGCGACGCCAACACUUACGCCAACCUGUGCCAGCUGCGCGCCGCCAGCCGCCGCUCCGAGAGGCUGCUCCAGCCGCCGGUCAUCGUCUUGCAGCGCGGCGCCUGCGGCCAAGGGCAGGAAGAUCCGAACAGUUUGCGCCAUAAAUAUAACUUUAUUGCUGACGUGGUGGAGAAGAUCGCCCCUGCCGUGGUUCACAUUGAAUUGUUUCGCAAGCUUCCUUUUUCUAAACGCGAAGUCCCAGUGGCUAGUGGGUCUGGGUUUAUCGUGUCGGAAGAUGGACUGAUCGUGACCAAUGCCCACGUGGUGACCAAUAAGCACCGGGUCAAAGUUGAGUUGAAGAGCGGUGCUACCUACGAAGCCAAAAUCAAGGAUGUGGAUGAGAAAGCAGACAUUGCACUUAUCAAAAUUGACCACCAGGGCAAGCUGCCGGUCCUGCUGCUGGGCCGCUCCUCGGAGCUGCGGCCGGGGGAGUUUGUGGUCGCCAUCGGAAGCCCGUUUUCCCUUCAAAACACGGUCACCACGGGGAUCGUCAGCACCACCCAGCGAGGCGGCAAGGAGCUCGGGCUCCGGAACUCGGACAUGGAUUACAUCCAGACUGACGCCAUCAUCAACUACGGAAACUCGGGAGGCCCGUUAGUCAACCUGGACGGUGAAGUGAUUGGAAUUAACACCCUGAAAGUGACAGCUGGAAUCUCCUUUGCAAUCCCAUCUGAUAAGAUUAAAAAGUUCCUAACCGAGUCCCAUGACCGACAGGCCAAAGGAAAAGCCAUCACCAAGAAGAAGUAUAUUGGCAUCCGAAUGAUGUCGCUCACGUCCAGCAAAGCCAAAGAGCUGAAGGAUCGGCACCGAGAUUUCCCAGACGUGAUCUCAGGAGCGUAUAUCAUUGAAGUCAUUCCUGAUACCCCGGCAGAGGCUGGUGGGCUCAAGGAAAACGAUGUCAUCAUCAGCAUCAACGGACAGUCAGUGGUCUCCGCCAAUGACGUCAGUGACGUCAUUAAAAAGGAAAGCACCCUGAACAUGGUCGUCCGCAGGGGCAACGAAGACAUUAUGAUCACAGUGAUUCCCGAAGAAAUCGACCCCUAGGCAGAGGCAUGGGCUGGACUCCAUGUUGCCCUCAAAGACUCUCCGGGGGACGACGCACGAGGACUCUGGGCUGGUGGCGCAGGACACCCGAGACUUCCGACCGCCAGUUUGCUUGUUCAGUGGAAACUCCCCGGCCGACAGAAUCCUUCUUGAUAGUUUGCAGGCAAAACAAGUGUAACGUCGCAGGCCCGCAGGCAGCAGCUCUGCCCUUCUGUAACCCAUGUACCCAGUGUGCUUUCUCUUGCCAGCUUGGGCUGUCCCUGCUUAGACAGUCAACAUUUGUCUCUUCCUUUAACUGAAUCAUCAUCUUAGUCCAACUAAUGCAGCUGAUCCGAUGCGUAGAUGAGAAGGCCCCGUGGGAGCAGAGUGGGGCUGGGCGUGUCUGUGCUCUGCUCCGAGUCAGCACCCCGAGGCGGCUGCACGGAGACCAUGGGGUUGGGGCGGGGUGGGGUGAACGCUGGCUUCCGAGAAGGCCAAAGUCGCCUCUUUUAGGAAUCUCUUCAGAAUUGGGUGCACGACGACCUUCAGUUUGAGCUAUUAAAAUACUUCUUCAUA